AAAACAGACCUCAGCAGGCUGUUGAAACCAGAGUCGUCUUCUGGGUUGGACGCCUCGGAUCAUGGACUCUACAGAACUUGAAGCACCUGGAAAGGAAACGAUCACUGACAUGAACGGAGAUGAACCGAAGCCUGGAGACUUGAUUGAGAUCUUCCGUAACGUCUAUGAGCACUGGGCUGUGUACGUUGGAGAGGGCUACGUUGUUCAUCUUCUGGGACCAGAUGGAAGUCUUUCGUCCUCCAGCACCAUAAACCUUCCCAUUGGGAAGAACAACGUCCUGAAACAGAAGCUACUGGAGGUGGUGAGCACUGACGAGUGGACGAUCAACAACCUCCACGACCAGGAGAAACAACCCCGCCCUCCGGAGGUUAUCGUGAACGAAGCCCACAAACUCGUGGGCACAACUCGAUCAUACAACGUCGUCAACUACAACUGUGAACAUUUUGCAACUGAGCUUCGCUACGGCAACGCUGAGUCAGAGCAGGUAGAAGAAGCUGUGAAGGUCACACUUGGUGUGACUGGACUCUCAAUAACUGUGGGAGUCGUGAUCGUGGCUUUUUUACUUUGGAAGACUCAAAGGUCAUCAAGUAACUGAUGUAAAUUUUAAUUUUAAAUGAUUUAAACCCAUUUUAGAUUAUUUGAACAGUUUUAUUUUGGUCUUGAAGACAGAAGAAAACAGAUGUUUUCUUUUCUAAAGCUGCCAGAGGAGGCUGCCGGGUCGGUUGGGUCGGACUAAACUGCUUCAUCCCUAAUGAGAUUAAAUGUUUGUUCAAUCUUUGCAAUUAUCUGCCUCAGUCAUCACUCACUCAUCCACUGGACUUAUUCCAAUUAUGAAUAAAUCAGAGACAUAAGAAGCGUACUCACCCCUGAUAAACUGCCAGGUUUUUGUGAUCAUUUAAAAACUUCUACUUGUUCUGUGAC